CCAGCAAGCAGCAACCAUAAAAAAGGAAUCCCAAAACCGCAAAAUCUGUGGACCAACUAUAAGAAUCAUGCGCAAAAUCGCAAUAUCCCUCAAACGUCGUUGUCUCCUCCCACGAUAAUAGAAAGGAAAAGAUUUGGGAUUUGAGGUAUGCAAUGACACCGGAGACAGAGCUCACAAAAAAAGAGAGAACUUUUCUUUCUGAAAAGGAGGGGGGCAACGAGGGAAAAGGGAACUCCACAAAUAGCCAAUCGAAUCCAAUUCACUCAUCUGUAAUCACAACAACACUACUCUUCUAUUGACUCUUCCUCCCUCAAUGCUCUCUCUCUCUCCCUCUCUCUCUCUCUCUCUCUCCCCUCCACACUUGCAAAAAAGCAGAGCACCCAUUUCUCCCGCGCCAGCAAAACAGAGAAGGAAAUGUUGGGGUUUAGUCUCUGUUGAGAGAGGGGUUCUUCCUGAUUCAGCCCAAACCAGUCUGAUUGAGAAAUGGUGAUGGCAGUCUGUGUGUUAGAACGAACAGUUGUUUCCACCGCUGCUGCUUAUUCAGUGAGGAACUGGGUUUUUGGGUUGCUGCAGAGGCAUUGAGUGGCAAUUGUGGGACUUACUGACUCACCCCUUUUUUGUUUUCUUCUUGUUUGGCGUUUUGAUCUUUCAACAGUUGCCUUGUGGAGGGGAAAGGUCGCUUCUUUGCAUUCUAUAUUAUAUUUCCUCUUCAUUAUUCUUUUCCCCCGGGGAAAUAAAAUAAAGGGAAAUCCCAGAAGAAAAAGAUGAUUACUUCUGGGAUGAAUUUGGUGAUGACAGUGAUAGGAUUUGCUAUGAGCACCAUGUUCAUAGUUUUUGUUUGUACCCGUCUUGUCUGCGCUCGGAUUCACUUGAACGCAGCUCGCCGCUCCUUCCCCGUAGCUUCCAGAUCCGAUCUUGGCAUUUUGGAGAGAGGGUAUCAUCAUGGCCUCGACCCUGUAGUUGUGGCUAACUUCCCAACCAAGGAGUACAACAACGAGUUGUUCUCCACCACCGAAGACGCACAAUGCUCAAUUUGUCUUGCAGAAUAUCGCCAGAGUGACAUCCUGCGCAUCCUUCCAUACUGUGGACACUCUUUCCACGUCACCUGUAUCGACAUAUGGCUGAAGCAGCAUUCCACAUGUCCUGUAUGCCGAAUACCACUGCACGAGUUCCUCGAGAGAAAACGAGCAAUGCAGCAGCCAUUGUUCAGCUCAGCCAUCCGAUCCCAGGACAGCAGGGCAGAGGUGGGUUUCGAAGUCCAUCCUUACAGCUGUUUGUAUAUUGAACAUGGGUUUUCAUCGAGGCAGCACAAUGACAGCAGUGAGACUGAGUCAAACACCAACAACAACAACGACGACGAGAGCCACCAGGCCUCUGACCGCGAUGAAGCCAAAGCUGGGGAGAUUCUGUCCCUAUUGGUGGAGGGGAAAUGUGAAUCUGAAGACUUGGGAAGCAAGCAUGCAGAGAGCCCAUCAAAUCCUUGACGACUUUGAUGAUUUGCUCCAACAUUGGAGUGGAGUUGCAUACAGUUACAGGCUUACAGCAGAGCCAAAACCUCCAGGAAGAGGAGCUACCGGUUUAAAGCAGGAGCUCAAAGGAACAAAAAAUUGCCAUGAAAUCUUGUGAGGGAGUUGCGAAUGUUUGAUGAACUUUGUAUAUAUGUAAAGGUAAGAAGAGGAUGCUCAAGCAAACACAAAUUCUGUUUAGGGUGUUCCCUAUGAUUUUGAGAAUAUAUGGUUUUUCAUGAUUCUUCAGAAAAAUUCAUAUAUUUCAGCUAAGCAGUUGUUCCCUGUGAUAUUGAGAAUAUACUUAGAUAUUGCACGCGAUGAGUGGAAGAUAGCAUUGUAAACGU